AUCAUUACCCACCCUAGCGGUUCCAUCUGGUGGCCAAAGUGACAAAUUCACACCACAUCCGGGACUCUGGGCAUCCGGGACACUGGACUAUAAAUACAGCCGGACACUCCCCCAGCCUUCACUUCGGCGACAGAACAGCUCCUUAAACAUCAACUGCAAGAUGAAAAACGCUGUAUAUUAUAUCCUGCUGGUGGGCGUGGCAUCAGCCCAGAUUCUCGUCUCUCCCGAGUCUCGCCAGUGCAGAGAUCUGGCUGCCAUGGACGAGGCCAUUCCAAGCGGCAACCUGAUGGAGUACACUGAGGGGGAAGUGAUGGAGGUGAAGGCCCAGAUCCCGAAGACAGCGAGCGGCGUCUUCGAGUUCUACCUUUGUCCCGAAACUGACGAAGGAGACGAAGAGUGUCUCGUGAAGAUGCCCCUAAAUAUCGCAGGAGGAAUGGGUAAGAAAUUCGACUUGGCCAAGAUUCCCGCAUCGGAUGAAUAUACUAUCCCUUUGGAAAUUCCUACGGAUGUGACUUGUGAGAGAUGCACGCUGUUGUGGAUGCUGAUUCAGAACUUCUGCCCUGAGAGUGUUUCUGAGCCCUGUGUGUCCACGUCAGCAACUAUGUGUGCUGACAUCACUAUUGUAGAGAAAAAGAAGCAGCAAAAGCGUGAUUUUGGCAAUUUUUUCAAAGGAGUUUUCGAACACGCGAUCAACGGAGCCGCCAAGGGAAUCGCCGGAUGUGGGAAGUAAAAGAGAAAAAUGAAAAAAAAAAAAAA